GAAAUUCAUAACCGGAAGCGUAGUUGCACGUACGCUAACUUGGCUGCUACGCGUCAAGCGCGAUUCUUUGGUGUUUUGGUCGGUCCUAGCCGAAGCCAAAGCCGAAGCCGCUCACCAAAAUGACGGCCAAGAAGUCUGGCUCACGACUGGAGACCGAAAUAGAGCGGUGCCGUUCAGAAGGACAAUGGGAUAGGAUACCGGAGUUAGUUCGACAACUCUCAGCUAAGUUGAUAUCAAACGAUGACCUCGGAGAGCUGUUGUUGGGGGAAUGCAAGCUUCUGACAUACCUGAAGGAAAAUCCAAUCAAGCAGGGUGCGAGUCCGAGAGGCCCGCGACCAAAACUGGUGGAGGUCAGGAAGCAUCUCACCGCUGCUCUGGACAGAGGAAACCUCAAGGCUGAUUACCUCCAGGAAGCAAGUCUACUCAUGGCCAAACUUAGUUAUGUUGAAGCAGAAUACAAAGAUGCUUUAGGUCACUAUAAUAGAGUCAAUAUAGAUGACAUGCAGCUGGCAGGAGCUCCUGUGUAUAGGCUGUGUAUGAUCGCAGAAGCCUAUGCCACUAAAGGCUUGUGUCUGGAGAAAGUGCCAGCUGCCUCUCCGCUGCUGUCCAAUCAGAAUGCCGGUUCUCCCUCCUCCAAUCGGAACAGAACGGAGCGAGAGCAAGAAAUCAUCAUCUGCUAUGAAAAAUCUGGAGACAUUGCGCUGCUGUAUCUGCAGGAGGCUGAGAAGGCACUGUCAGCUGGAAUUCAGAAUCGCAGCCCGAAACCUGGUCCAACUUCCCAGGAGCAGGAACUAGGUUACUUUCUUGAGACAGGUCUACAGAGAGCCCAUGUCAUCCACUUUAAGAACGGAAACCUGACGCAAGGUGUCGGGCGAUUUCGAGAAAUUCUCCGAGCCAUCGAGACCAGGACAACGCAGAAUCUGCGCAUGACCAUUGCCAGACAGCUUGCCGAGAUCUUGCUCCGAGGAAUGUGCGAGCAGAGUUACUGGUCUCCUGUGGAAGACCCGCCCACCGUGUCACCGCUGGACGAUCCUACGCGACAAGGUCACAUCCAGAGCAAAAAGUACAGCUUAGGCCGACGCCCACGAGUGUACUCGGGAGAGAAUCUUUUUUGCCCCCAGGAGAACACGGAAGAAGCAUUAUUGCUGCUCCUCAUCAGUGAGUCCAUGGCCAACCGCGAUGCCGUCCUGAGCAGGAUUCCGGAGCACAAUAAUGAUCGAAUCAUUAGUCUCCAGUCUGCCUCUGUGGUCUAUGACCUGCUGACCAUCGCUUUGGGCAGGAGGGGGCAGUAUGAGAUGCUAUCAGAGUGCUUGGAGCGAGCCAUGAAGUUUGCCUUUGAGGAGUUCCACUUAUGGUACCAGCUUGCACUGUCUUUAAUGGCCGCGGGCAAAUCUGCUCGCGCCGUUAAAGUUCUGAAGGAGUGCAUCCGUCUCAAGCCGGAUGACCCCACCAUCCCGCUGCUGGCGGUCAAACUGUGCAUCGGACCCCUGCACUGGUUGGAUGAGGGUGAGUGCUUUGCCAAAAUGGUGAUUGACAUGGGGGAGAAAGCAGCGGAGUUUCGAGCAAAAGGCUAUCUGGCCGCCGGACUGGUUUAUAGCCUCAAAGCCACAGAAGCAUCAUUGCGAAGCACCCAAGAAGAGUACCAGAGAAAAGCUUUGGCAGCCUUUCAGAGAGCUCAGAGUUUAUCUCCAAGCGAUCAUCUGGCAGCCUUCUACCUUGCACUGCAGCUCGCUGUGUCCAGACAGAUACCCGAGGCGCUAGGCUAUGUUCGACAGGCCUUGCAGCUUCAAGGGGAUGACGUUCACUCCCUUCACCUGCUGGCCCUGCUUCUCUCAGCACAGAAACACUACCAGGACGGUCUGAAUAUCAUCGAAAUGGCCCUAUCUGAGUAUCCCGAGAACUUCAACUUGCUUUACACCAAGGUGAAGUUAGAGAGCAUGUGCCGAGGAUCAGAAGACGCUUUGCUCACCUGCAAACACAUGCUGCAGAUCUGGAAGAGCUUCUACAACCUGACAAAUCCCAGUGAUUCGGGGCGCGGGAGCAGUUUGUUGGACAGAGCCGUCGCUGACCGACGACAGCUAAAUGCAAUGACUCUGCCGGACUUCAGUGACCCAGAUACAGCCUCAGGUUCUUCCUCCUCUCACACUGGUUCCGAACCAGUGUCCCCCACCUCUCCCUCCAGCUUCUCCACUGUGUCUUCCCCGCUCUCCUCCCCACUGCCUAGCCCUUGUCCACUUUUCAUCCUCCAGCCUCCACCCAAAAAAUCUUCCUUCUUGCCUCCGCCUCCCUCUCCUCCUCCUCCCCACCUGAUGAGCGGCAAAGCCAGGACUCCCUCCUUUUGCAACCACAUCACUCUUCGCCAGCUUUCCUCCAGCUGCGGCCCUCAGGACGCUAACGUACUUGGUUUUUCUUCCAUGUUUUCUGUUUGUUCCGUGCAUGCCACAUCCAUAGCGGCGAGUCGUGUGGAGCAGGCCUUGUCUGAGGUGGCCUCCUCCCUGCAGAGCAGUGCCCCCAAGCAUGGACCUCUGCACCCUUGGUUGACUCUGGCUCAGAUCUGGCUGCACGCUGCCGAAGUCUACAUCGGCAUGUCCAAGCCUGCCGAGGCGUCGGCCUGUACUCAAGAAGCCGCCAACCUCUUUCCCACAUCCCAUAAUGUCCUGUUCAUGAGGGGGCAGAUUGCAGAGCUCAGGGGAAACAUAGAUGAGGCUAAGCGCUGGUACGAAGAAGCCCUGUCCAUCAACCCCACGCACGUUAAAACCAUGCAGAGACUGGGUCUCAUUCUCCAUCAGCUCCAGCGCUACAGUCUGUCCGAAAAGGUCCUGAGGGAUGCCGUGCAGGUCAACAGUACGGCUCACGAUGUGUGGAACAGCCUUGGCGAGGUGUUGCAGGCUCAAGGGAAUGCUGCUGCUGCCACGGAGUGUUUCCUCACUGCUUUGGAGUUGGAGGCCAGUAGCCCCAUCCUCCCCUUCACCAUCAUUCCUAGAGCACUAUGAGACACACACACACACACAUAGUUGCAUACUGGAGCACAAAAACGGACCUGCGAGAAACACAGCAAACGCGCAGCAUGCCUGCAUGACCCACGCACACAUUCAGAUUGGAGUCCAAUGAGCAGCCCUGUCCCGUCCCGUCUUGUCCUGUCCUGUCCUGUCCUGUCCUGUCCUGUCCUGUCCUGUCCUGUUCUCUCAUCGGUUCUGUUUCUGGUGCAUUUUGACUCUGACCUUUCUUACAUCAAGUUUGAAAUAAUGUUUAAGUCGUCGAAGAAGCACUGACAGCAAAUACAGGGAAGGCAAGGUUGUGUUUGUUUAUUGACGACGCUUGUUUGUAAGGCAAGCCAUUUGCGUCAUCAAACUUCUCACCUAAAGUUUGUUCUUUCAGUCAUGUCGCUCCAUUCAUGCGUUAGUGGCCAAGGCACAAACAUCAGAAAGGAGCAAUGUUGAAUGGAAGCGUGAAGUCCUGAUGAUUUUCUAUUUACUGACUUUAAUUGUCCAUGUUUGAGUGCCAUUUUUCUUGUUAAAUGUUUCUACAGGCGAUGGGCACGUUCAUUCAUUUGAGUGAGGAAAGAUGAUUUGAGACAGUGUUGGGUCACAAGCCACCAUUGCACAUUGAAUCUUUCAAAUGUAGCCAUGUUUCCUUUUCCAAGUCGUUUGAUUGAAAUGUCUUAUGCUGGUUCCCACUCCAAGCCAAUGACGUCGUCGCACCCGUUUGCUUGCCAAGAUUGAAACAGGAGGACGUCCAAACUACUGGAAGCAAACUCUCAUGCCAACUAGCCUGGCCUGUUAGCAGCUGAGCUAGCUAUUCUACACCUUUCAUAACAUACUAACAUUUAUGUUGUUGUGUCACCAAAUGGUGUGAAUAAACACAAGGAAAAAACUCAAAAUGGUCCACACCAAAUGUCAUUGUCACUACGCAUGGAUAGCAAUCAAGUGUCAAUUCUUGUCUUUCUGUCUUUUGUGCAUUGUAAUGCAACCACUUUCAGUGUCAUUCAAAUUGUACAGUGCCAUGUGUAUUGAUGUUCUAGAAAAUAAAUUAUAAUUCUAUUUUCCUCAUCGAUCAUAAUGUCGACAUGACGUGGAAUAUGUACAAACUUGCUGAGUGUUCCCUUGAUGCUGUCAAUGAAUGAGGACAAUAAUAAAAGUCGAUUACGUCCAGA